AUACCAACAGUGGAAACUGUGGUGAUAUCGUUCUGGGUGAAGCCGUAGUCAUUCGUCAUUUUGCCGGAGAUAAGGGAGAAGGCGUAGAUAGCACCGGACGCGAUGGCGCAGAACAUGCCACAAACCACAAAACCAAAGCGCUGUGGCUCGCUGAUCGACUUUGGCACCGCCAACCGGUCAUUAAAACCAAGCACCAUUUUCACGCCUGCCCUUGCCUCCUCUUCCCUGUACCUCGUGUCCCGCGGUUGCCUUCCUUCGAGCUGACCUUUAUUCCCUUUUCCUUCAAGCCCUGUCACUUUCUUGCGAAUAAGAGAAAUAAAAUGAAAAAAACACAACACUGCAAUGCAAGAUUUUGA